GAAGAAGAAGAAGAGAUGACAAUUAAACCGGCGGUUCGUAUCUCCGAGAGGAAAUUAGUCGUGAAGAACCGGACAAUCCUAACCGGAGUUCCAGAAAAUGUGAUCGCAACGUCCGGCACCGGGUCUGGUCUGGUUGAGGGAGUUUUCCUCGGGGCGGUUUUCGAUGAAGAGAAGAGCAGGCAUGUGGUGCCUAUCGGCACUUUACGCGACGUCCGGUUCAUGUCCUGUUUUCGGUUCAAGUUAUGGUGGAUGGCCCAGAAAAUGGGGGAUCAAGGCAAAGACAUACCUCUCGAGACUCAAUUCCUAUUGGUGGAAACCAAAGAAGGGUCCCACUUGGACUCAACCGGAGAAACUCAGAUCGUUUACACCGUCUUCCUCCCUUUGAUCGACGGCCCGUUUCGAGCCGUUUUUCAAGGGAACCAAAACGACGAACUCGAGCUGUGUUUAGAGAGCGGCGACGCCGACAUCAAAGCGUCUUCGUUUAGGCAUUCGGUUUAUAUCCAUGCUGGAACCGAUCCUUUCAGUACAAUCACGGAAGCAAUCAAGGCCGUCAAAUUACAUCUCAAAACUUUCCGGCAACGGCAGGAGAAGAAAUUACCGGAAAUCGUCGACUAUUUCGGGUGGUGUACCUGGGACGCUUUUUACCAGGAUGUGACCCAAGAAGGGGUCGAAGCUGGGCUCGAGUCUCUAGCUGCCGGUGGGACGCCGGCCAAGUUCGUGAUCAUCGACGAUGGAUGGCAGUCCGUAGGCGGCGACACCCAUGGGGAAGACACGUCGUCAUCGACCGAUCAGGCGGAAACGAAACAACAGCCGUUGCUUCGUUUGACGGGAAUAAAAGAAAACGAGAAGUUCCAGACGAAGGAUGAUCCAACAUCGGGGAUCAAAAACAUCGUCAACAUUGCGAAAGAGAAACACGGGUUGAAAUUUGUAUACGUCUGGCACGCGAUUACGGGGUAUUGGGGCGGAGUCCGGCCCGGAGUUAAGGAAAUGGGAGGAUACGGGUCGAAAAUCCGGUACUCGAUGGUUUCCAAAGGAGUGGUGCAUAAUGAACGGUGGAAAACCGAUGCGAUAGCGGUUCAAGGGUUGGGUUUGGGGAACCCGAAAAACGUGUACAAAUUUUACAACGAGUUGCACAGCUAUCUGGCGGAUGCGGGUGUAGAUGGAGUUAAGGUGGACGAGCAGUGCAUUUUGGAAACACUCGGAGCCGGGCUCGGUGGCCGGGUUGAGUUGACGCGGCAAUAUCAUCAGGCUGUCGAUGCAUCGGUGAAGAGGAAUUUUCCCGAUAAUGGGAUCAUCGCUUGCAUGAGCCAUAACACCGAUGCACUCUACUGUUCCAAACAGACGGCGGUUGUGAGAGCAUCUGACGAUUUCUACCCCCGUGAUCCAGUGUCACACACCAUCCACAUUGCGGCGGUGGCCUACAAUAGUGUUUUCCUUGGGGAAUUUAUGCUGCCGGAUUGGGAUAUGUUCCACUCCCUUCAUCCGGCCGCCGAUUAUCAUGCCUCGGCACGCGCUAUUUGUGGUGGCCCUAUCUAUGUGAGUGAUGCCCCCGGACGACACAACUUUGAGCUCUUGAAGAAAAUUGUGUUGCCUGAUGGUUCCAUUCUCCGUGUUCGUUUGUCUGGACGGCCUACUCGCGAUUGCUUGUUUACAGAUCCGGCCCGUGACGGCGUUAGCUUGUUGAAGAUAUGGAACAUGAACAAGUACACCGGAGUUCUUGGUGUUUACAACUGCCAAGGCGCAGCAUGGAACAGCGCCGCAAGGAAAAAUACUUUCCACCAAACCAGUACGGACUCCAUAUCAGGCCAAGUAAAGGGGUGUGAUGUCCAUCUCAUUUCUGAGGCCUCAUUGGACCCUGAAUGGGCCGGUGACUGUGCAGUUUACUGUCACCGCACCGGUGAGUUAAUCACCCUUCCAUACAAUGCAUCCAUGCCGGUUUCCCUCAAGGUCCUCGAGCAUGAAAUCUUCACACUAACACCAAUCAUGCACUUGGCACCUGGAUUCAGUUUUGCACCCUUAGGACUCGUCAAUAUGUACAACGCCGGUGGUGCCAUUGAGGAUCUAAAAUAUGAAGUCAAAGAUGGUGCCAAGCUAUCCGAGCUCGAUAUCGGGUAUGAAGGUGAAAGCAGUUGUCUUGUUGGUGCGAGAGUGGAGAAUUCUAGCAAUGAACUGGUAGGAAAAAUUUGCAUGGAGAUUAAAGGUUGUGGAAACUUUGGUGCCUAUUCGUCAGCCAAGCCAAGAAAGUGCAGUGUUGGGUCUAGUGAAGCCAAGUUCAAUUAGGAUUCAUCGUCUGGAUUGGUAACGUUCAGCUUGGAAAAAAUGCCCGAUGAAGGGCAAAAAGUGCAUGUUGAAGUUGAGUUAUGAGUUAAAUGAAGCAGAGUAGUUGUAUCAGAUUCAGCUCUGGUUGGGAUUUUUAUCAAUAAUCCCUCCUAUUUAAAAAACCCGUUUAUUAGGUUUAUGUAUUAAGAUGGAGUGAAGAAAUUGAAAUAAAAGUUUCUUCUUGCUAUUA